AUGGAUCAUCGACCUGUGCCUUCUGUGGAGAACGCAUCUGAUCAUGCACGUUUGGUGCUGCAGCCGCGUGAAGUGAAGUUCACUGACCUCGUCCCUGCGCUCGGCAAGCGAGUGGUGGAUUCCCCCUCGAAGAGCGAGAGGCGCGGCUUCCGCCCAACGCCGCAGAAGUCGCAUCCGCAUGCAGCCAAGGGAACUAAAAAUUCUGCUGUGGAUGGCCCUGAAGCCGAGAGUGGUGACGAGGAAGAUAGGCGACGCGGCAGACAAAGACUCCCAGACGUGGGAGGGGGACAUGUCGCGAAGCCGUACAAAAUCAAAGUGCCGAGGGCGUCAAAGAUGAGCCUGCAAACGGAGAAUAUAACGGGUCGGAUGGAAAUAUCUGGUAAUGCCGUUUGGGCAGAGGACUACAGUGUUGCUGCUGUUAAUGCACUCGCCGUGUUGGGCAACUCUGUCACGCGUGAGCGUCGGCUGAAGGAGGAGCUUGCUCGAACACAUGCAACAAAGAUGUUAGCAUUUCGUAGUGUCAUCAAUGUUUAUUUGUCCUCGGUGAAGGAGUCUGGGAAGCCAAAGCUCGGGCGCCGGAAAGCCGCAGUGGAGGUUGCUUUGGCUCAGUGUGCGGUGGUCACACAGACCCUCGUCUUGACGAUACAGAGCUAUCUUCGUAGCUUCCAGUCGCGCAAGAUCACGGCGAUUCGCCGCGGCAUCCGACGAAGUGGAUUAGAUCCGGAUGCCUGGAGUGCCCCGUCGGUGCGUAUGCCGCACUUUACUGAAGUUUCUAACAGUGAAGGAAGCACUCUUUCUGAGACGACAAGUUCGCUGCAGGAACUCCUUGAUGAGGAAGAGAUCAGCCGACUCAAACAACUCUACUUUGAUUAUUAUGAUUGUGAUGUAUAUGUUAUUCCAGGCACACGCCCUGAAAGUGGCAUCCCACCCAAUGCUUUGCUGUUGAAUUCUCUCAGUGCCCAUGAUCCCUUCUUGCCAGAAGAGGACGGCGUGAUUGGCUAUACGUCUCUGUCGACCUCCUCCACGUCCAUCAUUGAGUGA